AAAAGAAAGCCGAGGAAAACAUGGGUAAGGAGAGAGCUUACGAUGAGAAGACCAGUGAAGUCAAAAAAGGUACCUGGUCUACUGAGGAAGACGAACUCCUCAUCACCCAAGUUCAACUCCAUGGCCAAUGCAAGUGGUCAUCCCGUGCUCUACAAGCAGAUUAUGAAUUACUUGUAGGUCUAAAUAGAAGUGGGAAGAGCUGCAGGCGUCGGUGGUUGAAUUACUUGAAGCCAGGAAUCAAGAGAGAUGAUUUCUCCGAAGAUGAGGAAGAGCUCAUUAUCAAACUCCACCGUCUUCUGGGUAAUCGGUGGAGUUUGAUAGCAGGAAGACUCCCCGGAAGAACAGACAAUCAAAUCAAGAACUAUUGGAACAAUACCUUGGCUAAGAAGGUAAGUAAAAUGACAUCCACGUCUCUCAACCAAUUCCAUAAAAAGACAGUCACAAAAAAGAAUCUGAGUCAUGAUGACUCCCCAAAAAAAGAAAGCAACAUAGCCAAUAGUGACCCACAAAACCCGAAUCAGGUUCAAAUGGAAGAGAAUAUGUCUAGUUCAUUGGCAAAUAUCUCUGAUUCUUUGCUAGUUUCAAUUCGUGAGAAUGGCAGUCCAAACGAUGGGGAUGUGAUGAAUUCAUCUGAUGUUCUUCAAGACUGGGAGAAGUGUGAAGCACUCAGUUCAGAUAAAGAAAUCUUGGGGGAGCUACCUUUAUCAGUGCUGGAAUUUGAAUAUGAAUUGAGUAAACUUUUACAUGAUUGAAUUUUUUUUUCUUGAAAAAAAAAAUAAGUUCAACUUGAGUGCCCUGUCCUAUCAAUAAAUUAUUUGCCUCCAA